AUGUUUGAACAAUCUGAUCAAAGUUCAACUCUGACAAUUAAAAAUUCAUAUGUUGACUCAAAUUCAACAACAGGACCAGGAUCUGUCAAAUUUAAUAAUUUAACAGAUAAUUACAAAUUUAAUGAUUUUACGCAUAUUUAUAAUGAUAAUUGUUUCUGUGAACCAGAAAAAAUAAAUCCCAAUUGGGUUAAAUACUUUGGCAACGCACCUAAGAUCGAAAAGAUACAAAAUAGAGCAUCUAUAUAUGAUAAAACAUGUUCAAAUAAUUAUUACAUUUUUAACUGCUACUUUGAAAAUUGCAAAGCAAAGGGUGCAAUUUACAUUGAAAGCGAUAAGGAGAUAGUCACAUUUGCAGAAGAAACAGUAUUUAAUCACUGCAGUUCCACAUCAUAUGGUGGAUCUCUUCACUACGGCUGCACAAAAGAAGGACAAUUUGUUCAACAACGAACAUGUUAUUAUAAAUCAAUAUCAGAAAAUGAAAUGGCUUUUAUUCAUUUUGUUAAAUCGUCUUCAUCUAGCAAAAACUAUGCAAUUGAAGUUUCAGUAAUUAAUUGCGGAGAAAAUGAAGGUAAAGGAAGUGGAACAUUAGGAAUUGGGAGUGGUGAUAUCCAUUUUGAUAAUAACAACAUCACAAACAACAAAUGUAGACUAUAUUCAUCAAUUCAUAUUCAACUUGAUGGAAGUUCAGGAACAUAUAAUUUCUCAAAUUUCAGAGAAAACAAUCAAACCGGAAGUAUAUCACUUUAUUUUCACUAUCUGACAAGAAAACAAACACAUACAGUUUCUUAUUGCAAUGUUAUUGAAAAUAAAUGUGGAAAAGAUAAUGAGCAAGUUCUAUUUUAUAUUUUAUGCACAACAAAUGUUGAUCACUGCAUAUUUUUAAAUAACAUUGCAAAGUACAUGUUUCAAAAAUAUGCAGAAGAUUCCACUUUGACUAUUUCAGAAUCAUAUGUUGAAUCAAAUUCAACAAAAGGAUCAGAAUCAGUUUAUUUUAAUAAUCUAAGAGAUAAUUACGAUUUCAAUAAUAAUUUUUCACAUUUUCACACAGAAAAUUGUUACUUACAACCAGAAAAUCAAAUUACAUUUAAAAUAACAAAUCAUCGUUCAUUCAAUCUCAAAGUUCAUCGAAGAAGAUAA